AUGGCGGAGGUUCGGCCGAGCCUGCUUCAUGGAGACCUCUGGGUGGGCAACGCGGGUGUGCUUCGAUCGGGAGAGGCGGUAAUGUUUGACCCGGCAGGAUUCUAUGGGCAUUCUGAGUUCGACCUGGCGUUCAGAGGCUGGAAGCCGGCUCCUGGCUUCCCUGGCUUCACUGAUGCUUUCUACAGCGCGUAUCACGAAGUGAUCCCCAAGGCGGCAGGCUUCGAGGAGCGGCAGUGCGUGUACCAGCUGUUUCAUCUUCUAAACCACGUGCUCAUAUAUGGUCGAGAGUACUUCCCUCAUGCCAUGCAGAUGGCAACUUGCAUUGUUCAAGGAGGGGCAAUGCUUGUUUCUCAAACAUCUUCUGUUCCUUCCUCCAUCUAUUCUUCCCCUCCUCCCUCAUUGCCCUGGGCAGAUGGUCGAGAGUACUUCCCUCAUGCCAUGCAGAUGGCAACUUGCGUUGUUCAAGGAGGGGCAAUGCUUGUUUCUCAAACAUCUUCUGUUCCUUCCUCCAUCUAUUCUUCCCCUCCUCCCUCAUUGCCCUGGGCAGAUGGUCGAGAGUACUUCCCUAAUGCCAUGCAGAUGGCAACUCGCGUUGUUCAAGGAGGGGCAAUGCUUGUUUCUCAAACAUCUUAUGUUCCUUCCUCCAUCUAUUCUUCCCCUCCUCCCUCAUUGCCCUGGGCAGAUGGUCGAGAGUACUUCCCUCAUGCCAUGCAGAUGGCAACUCGCGUUGUUCAAGGAGGGGCAAUGCUUGUUUCUCAAACAUCUUCUGUUCCUUCCUCCAUCUAUUCUUCCCCUCCUCCCUCAUUGCCCUGGGCAGAUGGUCGAGAGUACUUCCCUAAUGCCAUGCAGAUGGCAACUCGCGUUGUUCAAGGAGGGGCAAUGCUUGUUUCUCAAACAUCUUCUGUUCCUUCCUCCAUCUAUUCUUCCCCUCCUCCCUCAUUGCCCUGGGCAGAUGGUCGAGAGUACUUCCCUCAUGCCAUGCAGAUAGCAACUUGCGUUGUUCAAGGAGGGGCAAUGCUUGUUUCUCAAACAUCUUCUGUUCCUUCCUCCAUCUAUUCUUCCCCUCCUCCCUCAUUGCCCUGGGCAGAUGGUCGAGAGUACUUCCCUAAUGCCAUGCAGAUGGCAACUCGCGUUGUUCAAGGAGGGGCAAUGCUUGUUUCUCAAACAUCUUCUGUUCCUUCCUCCAUCUAUUCUUCCCCUCCUCCCUCAUUGCCCUGGGCAGAUGGUCGAGAGUACUUCCCUCAUGCCAUGCAGAUGGCAACUUGCGUUGUUCAAGGAGGGGCAAUGCUUGUUUCUCAAACAUCUUCUGUUCCUUCCUCCAUCUAUUCUUCCCCUCCUCCCUCAUUGCCCUGGGCAGAUGGUCGAGAGUACUUCCCUCAUGCCAUGCAGAUGGCAACUUGCGUUGUUCAAGGAGGGGCAAUGCUUGUUUCUCAAACAUCUUCUGUUCCUUCCUCCAUCUAUUCUUCCCCUCCUCCCUCAUUGCCCUGGGCAGAUGGUCGAGAGUACUUCCCUCAUGCCAUGCAGAUGGCAACUCGCGUUGUUCACCUAUCAAAACAGCUCUCUGUGUAA